AUGGAUUCGGAUUUGGAUUCGGAUUCGGAGAGACGACGAAAGAAGACUGAGAAACGAAUGAAGAAGUCUGGGAAACCGUACCCAGAGAGUCGCUCGGUGAUGGUGCGCGGGGAGAGGUAUCGACGAUGCGCGUGCGCGGUGGUGUUCGACGAUCGAGGGAUGAUCCUAGUCGGCGAGCGGAGCGACAGACCGGGUUCGUGGAACAUGCCGCAGGGAGGAAUCGAGAAGAACGAGAGCUUAGAGGACGCGGCGUCGAGGGAGCUGUACGAAGAGACGGGUAUUAUGGUGGGGAAAGAUGGCGUCGCGGAGCUCGUGGGGGCAUUACCGGAGGACGAUGGGUACGCGUAUCGCGUCGACGGCGCGUCGUGGCUCGCCGACCGCGGCUUGGCGGGACAGCGCUUAGAAUUUUGUCUCUUCCGAUGGCGGGCGAAGAGCGACGAGGACGCGCGCGCGAUGGAGGAUCCCUCCAACCAUCCCGCGGUGAAUCUCUCGGGAUUAAACGGCGAGACUCGAGAGUUUGAGCGAUUGGAUUGGAAGUCGUUCGACGACGUCGUCGCGAGCGUGUGGCCGAGCAAGCGCGCCCCGUACGAGCUCAUGCGAGACGUCGCGGCGCCCAUCGUCGCCGCCAACGUGCGCGAUCAAUCGUGA